AUGGAGACCAAAAGUGAAAAACAGAAUGUGGAUUCCAGAAAGCUCUCCAUAAAUGAGACGGAUGUCCAAAUCGGUCCUGUGAAAGAAGUACCGAACAAGCAGAAUAAGACUUCGUAUUCAGAAAAUGAAUUUCCAAAGUCCUAUGCGAAUCUCAUGAAGUCCUAUAUGAACUUGAGUGUAGAUCCCUGUAACGACUUCUACGAGUACGCCUGCGGAAACUAUCGACACAACGGCCCAGAUCCUUUUACGAAACAAAAGAUGGCCAAAAUUGAAUAUUUAUUGGAAAGGAAGGAUCUGGCAGAGUCUCUCAAGGUGUCCAGAGAUCUUAGGGUGGCCCAAAGAUUCUACAGCGCCUGUCUUAGGGCAGAUCUCCAAUCCUUUCCUGCCAAUGAUCCACAUUACCUCAGGCUCAUUCAGUCGAUCGGGGGUUUUCCUGCCGUCGAUGAUGCCUCCUGGAAUGCCUCUAACUUCAACUGCUUCAACAUGAGCGAACAAUUGAGCAAAUACGGGGCAAAGGGACUGGUUGACAUGUUAACCUAUGAAAUUUACGAACUGGGCUUUGACUCCAUCGUUACAAAAAGUAACAUUGCGAAUACCACCUACCAACUCAACGUGGAGCGCAUGCGCAAAUACUUAAGAUCCUUUAAAUUGCAAGAGGUUAAAACUAAAGAGGUUAUCGACGGGGUGUUUGCAUUCUGGCGUCAGGCGACAAAGCUCUACAAUAACCAGAAUGAAGAGUCCCUGAAGAAGAUAGGAGAGGUGUGUGACCAGCAUCGCGAGGCUGUGGCCAAUUAUCUAGCCAUGAAGCUCCUGUACACCUUCGACGCCAAGCUGAAUGCCAACCAACCACAAGGAGAUUAUUGCGCUGCAAAACUACAGGAAUCCAUGCCAAUCCUCUUCUACAAACUCUAUUUGGGGGACCUUUACAGGAUCUUUUCUGAGAAAAUAAAUAAGGAUACGGGGGAUAUAAUAGGGGAAUUGGGGAAGAGCCUGGAAAUAACCCUGGAAAAAGCUGACCGGAGAGAACUGGACCGUCUAAAGAGAACACAGGAAGAAGUAUUACAAAUAGUGACACAAGGACUUAACAACUUCUUGAUAGAUCACUUUAUUUCGAGGACUAGCAGCAUUGAAGAUAGAAUAUACGACGAUAGUUACGCUGCGUACGAUAUCAAUCUUCGACACCAUGAUGAGUUGGGGGUUCUCAUGCAUGCGGUCACGUUCUUGGAACCACCCUAUUACCACCCCUCUUGGCCGGUCUCAAUGAAAUUCGGCGCCUUGGGCGGUUUGCUUUUACGCGUGUUCUACUUAUCGGAUGGAAAAGAUGCUUGGGAAUACAAAGAGCGCGUCAAAUGCUUCGAGGAUUACUUCAAUAAGUUGCGGAUUUUGGAUGACAAUGAGAGGGACGGCAAGGAAAUCGACUACUUUGGUGGAUUGCGUCUGGCAUUUUCUGCCUACCAAAACCACUUAAGCCACUUACUGGAAGAUCCUACGCAGCAGAGGGUCAACGAGAAGGUGCCAGGACUCGACCUGCUGCCGGAUCAGCUCUUCUUUCUGGGAUCCACUCAGCUGAUUUGCUUCUAUUCGAAGCAUGCCAGGUCCCAUGCUCUGGCUUCCUUAACGAGCAACGAAGACUUCUUCAAGGCCUUCAACUGUCCUAUGGGAUCUGGAAUGCGUCCAGCCAAAACUUGCCCCCUGUGGUAG